AUGACUAUAAUGUUGCACGACGUGCAACGCAUCUUAGGGAUUGGCAUUAACGGUUCACUUCCCACUGAACCGUCUGAUCAUGACUGGCAGCUAGGCCUGGCUGGCCUUUUUGGGGAGCCAUUGUCGGAGCUGCGUGCGAAGGGGCACUUCACCAGCGGUAGCAUUAACGUUGGUUCACUGUUGCAGCUAUGCCACCGCUCUCAGUCUGGAGAUACUCAAGCUACUGCCUACUUCAUGGCUAUAGUGGGUUCUACGCUGCUCGUGGAUAAGACUAGAGUCGGGAUGCGUCCUCACCCUGUUCUUGCUGUCGCCGCUGAUCAGGCUGACAUUGCUUGGGGUGCAUUGACGCUUGCACACUUGUAUCGCCAACUGGGUUUGGCGUCAAGGAUUGGGUGCAGGACUAUUUCUGGUUGUCUGACCCUGUUACAGACCUGGAUUUACGAGUACUUCCCAGCCUUUCGCCCCCAUCCGCAUCCAGCUGACAUGGCCAACAAGACUAGGGCAGAGAUAUGGUCCCCGAAGAAGCCAAUCCGUGAGCUUAGUAGAUUGAGAGACUGUAGGAGCAAACUGGACGCCAUGACAGAGAGACAGGUGGAGUGGAAUCCGUACAUGACUUCUGGUAGCGCUUUAUUGAACGAGCACCCACGCACCACCUAUAUUGGUGGUAUCACCUGUUUCGAUAUCGUGGAGGUCUAUUUACCUGAGAGGACAGUGAGGCAGCUCAGUUUUGCUCAGGACAUUCCCCCAGCUCCGUUGAGACCUACCUAA